AGAAGUGAUGCACUGAGGGACAGCUGAUUGGCUACUCAACACAAUUCUUAUUGCUCUUGCACAGUCACAGUCAAGCCUGCUUUGCAAAACGGCCGGUCCCAUCAUGGCCAGGAACGCGGUGCAAACCAUGAGUGCAGCGCUCUACCUGUUGCUCGCGCUCGCCGUGCCAAACUGCGCCUUCGCCGGCCGUGUCCUCGGCGAGCAACCUGCGGCCGGCCUAGGCGCGGGCGCUGCGGGAGCAGCGAGUGCUGGUACCGCCGCGACGGGCAACGCAGGAGCUGCCGGUGCCGCAGCGGGGAACGUAGGAGCUGGCGCGGCAGGAACAGCCGGAGCCGCCGGCGCGGGCGAUCACCCGCUGACGUUCUUCAUGCACGACAUCCUCGGUGGCUCGCAGCCGUCCGGGCGCAUCGUGACCGGCGUGGUGGCUAGCACGGCGGCCAACGGGCAGCUCCCGUUCGCGCGCCCGAACACAAACAUCUUCCCGAUCCAGGGCGCGGUGCCGCUGCCGCAGGGCGCCACCAACCUCAUCAACAGCAACAACGUCCCCUACGUCGCCGGCCUCGGGGGCACCUCCAGCACCAUCGUGCAGAACAACGGCAACACCGUCAACGGCGGCAACAAGAACAUCCCCUUCGUCAACGCCGGGAACCUGCCGUCGGGUGUCACGCUCCAGAACCUCCUCUUCGGUACCACCACGGUCAUCGACGACGAGCUCACCGAGGGCCACGAGCUCGGCGCCGUGGUCAUUGGCAGGGCGCAGGGGUUCUACGUCGCCAGCUCGCAGGACGGCACCAGCAAGACGAUCGUGCUCACGGCCAUGUUCGAGGGUCCCGAGGCGCCACAUGGCGACACACUCAGCUUCUUCGGGGUCCACAGGAUGGCCGCGCAGGAGUCCCACAUCGCCAUCAUCGGAGGAACCGGCAAGUAUGAGAACGCCAAGGGCUUCGCCGCCAUCCAGACGCUGCACCUCGGCGACGAGCACACCACCGACGGCGUAGAGACUCUUCUCCAGUUCAGCAUUCACCUCAUUUGA